AUGGCCGCCCGUACUGCAGUGUCAGCGGGCAUCGAAUGCAUUCUAACGCAUGGGGCUAAGCCGGAGAAAGUUCUCGAUUACCUCACUGGUGACACGUCCGACACACUGAUGACCGUGUUCAGAGUAUUACCUGACAGCAUGAGAUUCGUCGUCUCGGAGAUGACCUGGCGGCGAAGGUGGAUUUUGGCACUUCCGCUCAAAGGCACACUUACGCUCACCGCAGCGGCUGCUAAUUCGAUAAGAAACAAGCGACCUUUGCUAGCGUUUGGAAUCUGUGCCGUCUCGGGAGUUUUCCACCGUGAUGAGGGAGUGUCUCUCCUGGAUGGCGAUACGGGGGAAGAAAUCGCUCGCGCUUUGGUGAAUAUGAAGAGCCAGGAGAUUGACAAGGUGAAGGGUCAUUCGGCAAAUAAGUUCAAAAAAAUAUUAGGUUACCCGGUAGUGUCCGAAGUCGCCUUCAGAGAGAAUAUCAUUUUAACGACUGGGGCGUUGGCGGCGCUGGACAGCGAUCAGGAUGACGAGCAGGAUGACGAGGAUUAA